AUGUCUAAACGAGUUUGCGAGGGAUAUGCACAGAGGGUUGUGUUCAAAAACCCUUUGGGAAUUCUUGGAGCUGCUCCACCUGAACAUACUCAGGAUCCACAUGUGCAGCAACAGGCAGAGGUUCCGCUGUAUAGUGAAUAUGGCCCUCUUCCACCGCAGCAACAAGCGGCGGCGACACAGCGUCCUAUGCUGGCACCGCGUCCUCUAGAGACUACCCCGGUCGGGGAGCAAUCCUACGUACAGCCUGAGCCCUUCGCUACUGGCGGUACCUCUUAUCCUGUUGAUAUGCCCCCCUUCCAAUACCCCUCCCAUUCACAGGGCAUGGUCGAGUGGAAUGUACAAUCAAGUCAAUACGGACAACAGCCCUUGUCUACUGCCCCAACUGACAAUAGCUAUCCCAAUCAAUUUGCAAAUCACAAUCAGAUUGGAUUGCAGUAUGAAGUGGCAGGCUCUCAGAUGCCUCAGCCGAUCACUGAUUGGGCAACCAUAGUGAAUCAACAAUACAAUAACCAGCUAUAUUCCCAGCCGACUACAGAAUACCGUUAUCCAAACCGUCCCGAGCGGCCUCAUGACAACUUAGGGUCCUCUUCACGAUACCAUCCACCGCCUAUGCCGCAGGUUAUAUACGUGGAAGAUGAAGCAGAAGAUUACUACGAUGUUGAAUCAGACGACGAGAUGGUGGAGCAGAAGCAGGCAGAGGGCUACAAUCAGCUGAAUCUCAUCAUGGCUUCAGCGUCCCGUGAUAGCCAACUGCGUUCUUUCACAACUCACCUGAAUGAACCGAACAUUCUUGCAUCUUAUCGCCCUUCGCUUGGUUCGUCCCCGCUCAAUAACCCUAAAACAGCUCGAAUCUUCGCUCAUUUUAUCCAUUCGACUGGACCGUCCCUCUCCAUUUUCGAACGACACCAAACGGAUUCCUCAAUUAUGCUCAAUGCUCCUGUUCCGCCGGCAAAGCAGGGACUCUGGUCAUACACGCUUCCUCUCAUUGCGUUAGAGCACCCAGCACUGCUUCAGGCAAUUCUUGCGAUCAGUAGCUUGCAUAUUGCAUACUUACAAAAUGCUCCCACAACUGUUUCGCUGAAGCAUUAUCAUUUCGCCCUGAAGCGGAUCGGUCGUGCAGUCAGCCUUCCAACGCGACGGAAACAGAUUGGUACAUUGGCUGCCACUGAGCUACUUGCCUACUACGAAGUUAUCUCAGCGGAUCACUCCAAAUGGAACAGUCACGUCGCGGGUGCUGCCCACUUGAUCCGUGAAGUCGACUUUCCCGGUUUAACUCGAGACCUCAGAGCUUACCGACGCAGGAUGCAUGAUUAUCGUAGAAACAUGGAAUGGGCCGCUGCAUCCCAGUACUACUAUCCUGUUGGCAGCGGGGGUUCUGAAGAUGACCCUUUCGCCGACAAGGAGGACUCUAUCAAUCAAGAGUUCAUCGGUACUCUUCUUGGUAGAAGGAUUGAUUACGACCAAUUUGGCCAUGUAGAAGGAUAUCAUUCCCAAGCCCCGAAGAAACAUUUUUCUCGAAAAGACAUUGAGAAUUUCCGCAUCCAGACCGAUCUUUAUUGGUGGUACAUUAAGCAAGACACCAUCCAUAGUCUAAUCAGUGGAGAUGCACUAUUUAUACCAUUUGACCAACUGGGUCGGUGUCCUCCACGAGCAGGAAUUGGGCGGUUGGACGCUAUCUAUGGCUCGGCAGACCAUCUGUGGCUUUUGCUCAGCCGGAUCACUGAUUUUGGAUACCGAGAUCGCAAGCGAAAGCUCAAGGCCAUCCGAUCAACAGGGACAGAUUGGCGACCAGGCCCAGGGAUCCCCCAAUUCAUGUCUCGUUUUGCCCGAGGUGCAAGACCUCCUGGGCCUCCCAAAGCCCCCGGACCCCCAUCGUCGGAGUCUUUACCAUCAAGUCAAAGUAGUCGGGUCCCGACAGGCUCCCCGUCUUCAAACCCUUCGCAGCCCACUCCGUCUCCAGAAGGCCCUCCAAUGUACGGCAUGAUCCCACCCCAGGGUCCUGCGCGCGUCCCGUCGGCUUUUGUUGAAGACCACCGUGGCCAGCGGCAAACACCCGAGGUACUUGAUGAAAGUGCCGAUGUCACUUACAACGAGGCAGAGCGUGAAUGGGAGGAGAUCCUUAUGGCAACGGACGCAUUUUUCCAAGCCGUCGGGCCGGAUUUUCAGCCCUUGCCUCCCGAUGUCACUGUCCCCAUUGAUUCACCCUUCGGACCCGCUCUCCAAUACCGCACGCUCAACAUCGCUCUGCUUUGGGGGUUCUACUACGCAGGCCGUAUCCUUCUUUACCGACUUCAUCCUUGCAUGCCCCCAGCCAUGAUGGUAGCUGCAGGAGUUGCCGCCCCAGCGACGGCAGACUAUGCGCAGAUCAUUGGCCGCAUUCUAGCCGGUAUCUACUACCCACAGCGGUAUAACUUCGAAGCUGGUAGCCUGAGCCCCGCCCUCGGAUCUUCGUUGACAGAUAUGACGGUUCCUAUGUUCUUCGGGGCAGUGCAAUAUGUUGACGGUCUUCAAAGAUCCUGGACGGUUUCCAAAUUAAGAGAGAUCGCUCGCUUGGCGGGCUGGAAAACCUCCGAGGUAAUUGCUGGUGGGUGUGAGAAGGCCUGGGUCAUUGCUGCAAAGCAUGGCCGUGGGCCGCCGUACGAGCGAUCAUUUACCGUGAGUCGGGAUCGUGAAUCUGGGCCACCCGACGUCAUCCAAAGAGACUACGGCCACGAUAGUGAACAUAGCGAUGACCGACGCUUCAUCACAGUACAACGGCCAUACCGCGCCCAUAUGGCAUUUGGGCUGUUGAGCUUAGAGAGUGAUAUGGAGUCAUUAGAGCUUUGA